UUAGGUACAAAUAAUCUGUUCUACACCACAGCAGACGAAACUGUCGCCUGACACUUUGAUCCCGCAGCGUGUUAACGAUAUAUUGUGAAUGUAUCAUUUUGAAACUUCCAUUUUCCCUCUCUUUAAAUACAUUUUUCGAAAUGCUUUAGAUUCUGACGAUACAAUAAAAUUGAAUUUGCAUUGUACAAGGUUGGGUUUGGGGAUUUAUACCUGAUCUGGUGUAUAUAACUCAUGUAGCUAUUUUUAGAUCUGACCUACCCUGUAAAGUAUUGCUACUAUCAUGGAAAGGAAGUGUUUUAACGUUUUUUUGUAAUAUGUGUAAACAAGGAUAAUGUGGAGAUAUUAAUCUAUCCUGAAACAAUCCAUGUAAAAAAUAUAUCUCUUGCAUUAUAGCCUUAUCACCCAAGUGGCCAUAAUUAUAUAUAUACUAGCAUCAUGAAAGCUAGUACAGUUGGGUCUGAAAUCAUCUGGUAUUAAGAGGUGGCCUUUGGCAGUCAAUCAGCCUUGCUAAUGCUUUUGUUUAAUGAUGAAAACAGUUUACCAAGAUAGCUCAGAUUUAACCAGAAACAAUACUACAAUAUUGUGAUAAUAAAAAUUGACAAUUGAACUCUUACAAAUAACAGACAAUUUUGGGCUAUGUCAGACAGAGCAUCAUUUAAAUUAAAGAUGAAUGAAAUAUGCAGGCAUUUGUUGCAGAAAGGGGAAUAGUGUCUGUUUCUUCACAUAACACUUUCACACUUGCACAUAAUCAAUCUCUGCCAUGUAUGUAACAUCCUUUUCCUUACAAAGACCAUUUCUGUAAUAACAGUUUUUGGAUUCAUAAAUUUUUACAAUUGUGUGAUUGUUAAACAAUUUUCUGAAUGCAGAAAUGUCACUUUGGUACACAUUUAAGAAGACAUAAGGAAUUUUUUUUAUGACUGCCUUGAUGCUUGUCACAGCAGUUGUUAGACUUGCCCUUCUUUAUCAUCCCCUUAUCAAUUCCUGUGUCAUAAGUGGUUGAAGCAAUAUAGGGCAUACAACCCUCCCUUUAUAAUAAUGCACAGUUUUCUAACCCAGACAUUACCAAACUAGCUAAACAUAAUCUAAUUUUUACUCAACAGAUUAACGAAAAUUAUAUACAAGCAUACAUUUACAUGGACACCACUAUCCCACCUCCAUUUUAACAAAUUUAUCCAUGUAUAUACAAAUUUCUUUCCUGUGUAUAUAUUUCCUAAGCAAAUCAAGAUGUGCGUGAACAUUUAAAACUACGUUUAUUUUAUUAGAAUUUAAACUUGUUUUUGAUCUUUUUUAACCAAGCGAUAAGCUCUUCCAAUUUCUUGUGGUUGAGCAAUAUGCUCAUGUAGUUAUCACAUGCAGUGCACCAUAUGGUACAGAGACUAGAACAUUCCAUGGAGUAUUUGAGCCAUCUGUCGGGAAUGUCCCUAUGAAUCAAGCUUCAAGCAGUCUGACUGCAUCUCAUAUGAGAAAGUCUUAAACUUGUGAGCCCAGUUUUAUCCAGUUACAUCCUCUUACUGUGUAUGUCUUAUGUAAAUUUUCUUAUCUACAACUCCAGCAACAUCUGCAGUUUAAACAUAUGCUGACUAUAUAAAGCCUUUAGUGCAAGCAAUGUGUAAUAGAUAAUUGCCAUUCCUUUCUGAUGACAGUCAAUUCAUAUUUGAAUGCAUCCUGAUUGGUGAAAGUCCAGGCUUGACGCUAUUGACGCAAGCAGUUCAACAACAAUUGAUUCAUUGUAUUUCAUGGCCUCUGUCAGCUGCAGCAGGGGGCUGGAAACAGAUGUUCACUACAUUUGAUUUCAUAGCCAGUAGAAAGCUCACCAUUGGGGUGCAGUUUGCCUACGCAGUACAGCUCAUCUUAUUGUGUGCAUAAAACUAUGCUGUAGCUUUACAUAUCUAGUGCAAACAUCUUCAGAAAAUAGACAGGACUUCUGGGUGCUGGUGUCAUAAAGUACUUGCUGCAAAAGGUUUUAUGGCAGACUUAAAUCAUUACCUGAUUGGCAAAAAGUUGGAUCCCUAUGGAUUUGAAAGAUCAGAAGAUUUUGACGAAAAGACAUAUGAGGAGUUUAUGUCUAGAUAUUUUUUGGUGCUAGCCAGAAGAGCUGCCAGAUGGCGCCCCUUGGUGGUUGGGAAGGAUACUGUUAUCAAGUCAUUGAAGUUGAAGAGAUUUUGUCGAAAAGGCAUUCCUAGUGAACAUCGACCGCUGGUAUGGAUGGAAGUAAGUGGAGCUGCUGAACGCAUGCGAGAUGAGCCUGGCCUUUAUAAACAGCUGAGGAGUCAGUAUCUGGACAGUUCCAUCACCGAAAGCAUUAUGCUUGACAUCAACAGAACAUUCCCUGAAAACAUCUACUUUGCAAAUGAAAGAGAUCCAGCUGGACUGCAGAGGCCUUUAAAGCAUGUCUUAAUGGCCUUUGCCCUCAACAACCCACAUGUUGGCUACUGUCAGGGUCUGAACUUUGUGGCUGGUCUUAUCUUGCUGAUCCUGCGCAAUGAGGAGAAGGCAUUUUGGCUGCUGGACACACUUGCUCGUCAUAUUCUGCCUGAUUACUACACUACAGACAUGAUUGCUAUCAAGGCCGAGCAGGAGUUGUGUGGAGAACUCAUUAAAUGGAAACUACCAGAUCUAUAUGAACACUUCAACAAGGCUGGUGUCUCCUGGGCCCUUAUUGCCAUGAAGUGGUUUAUCUGUUUAUAUGCUGAUGUUCUGCCUGUUGAGACAGUUCUGAGAAUCUGGGACUGCCUUUUCUAUGAAGGAUGGAAGAUCUUGCUAAGAGUUGCAUUGGUACUUUUUGUAAAAAAUAAAGCAAAGCUAAUGGCAGCAUCAGAUUUCUCCAGCAUAAUAGAUGUCGUUAAAGGCAUGGUGAAUGAUCCUGUUGUGGUGAACUGUCACACAUUCAUGCAGAGCAUUUUCAAGGACACAGGUUCCAUGCCAAGAGCAAAGCUGCAUAAACUACGUGAAGAGUGCAUAAGGCACGUUUUAGCAUCAUGACAAGAGGAUAAAACAUGAUAGAUUGCCUCAGCAGUGGCGAACUUGAUUGUGUUUGGUGUUUAAAUCUUACAGCAGGCAGAGGCUUUUUGUCUUCUUUGUGCCCAGCAUUUUGUCUUUGACCAAGUUACCAUGCAGUCCUUGAGAGGGAGCACCUCCAUGUCUCCAGCCUCUGUGAUAAAUAGGGUUGCAAAACAAAACAUAGGAGACAGCCAAGGAGGAGACAUUAAUCAUUUCAUGCAGUUUAAUCCCUGAGAAUUGUAUAUGAUUAGUUUUGAGAUACUGAUUUUUAAAACUUUGCAACAUUCUGCAGCAAGGAUACAAUUUUUUUCUAGAAAACAUUCCUGAUAUUCAUGAGAUAUGUUAAGAAACUGUAUGAAGAGUAAUAAUAGUCUGCUGCCAGAACACAUUCCUGACUUGUUCUUAAACAUGUCGAUACAUAACACUUUAUGAACAUGUAUGUUAUAGCAUUUAGUUUUGGCUGUCCCAAAUCUUUAACAGAUCUUGCACACAAGCCAACUUAGAACCACAGUUGUUUUUUUAAGGUUUUGUUAUAGUUUCCCUUUAUACUUUGCAUUAGCAGCAGCAUUAUGUUUGGAGCAUCCUUUUAGUAACAUUUAGUUUUCAGUGACAUUGUUGCAAGCCUGAAAGGAAAAUAUUGACUUUUAUUUUUCAUAGUUUGAAAUCUUUAUUUGCUUUAAAAUGCUUCCUUUUUAUGCAUGAUUCAUUUGUCAUUAUGUUUUACAGAACAUAUCAGAAAAAUGUGAAGGGAAGAUCAUUCAUAUACACAUCAUGUAUUUAUUUAUGAAUUUCACGCGUGAAGUUUUUUUGAACAUUUUUAUUUUACUGUAUUACAAUGUCACUGAACAGUAGUGGAGAAAAGAGUAGCAAGGUUGUUCUGCACAUCUCAAUUUUAUGCAUGCUAAUCCAGAUGGCGCCACAUUUGCCUGGGACUCCUGGCACUUCCUUGUUACAUGCAUAGGUUGGAGCAAAGUGUUGAACAUGCUGGGUCUAGCCAUCAUCUAGCUCUCAGCCUGUCCAUGCAGUAGAUGUUUGCACUACACAGCCAUUACCACAGGUGCAUUAGGCUACACACACAUGUACCCAGUUCUUUUAAAGUGUGCACGUGCAGAGAAUUUUAUUACAGCUAGUCACUGUACAGUGCCUUGCAGACAGUAUUUCUGAUUGUGAUAGCCCAGUCAUGGCCAUGGGUUUUCUUUGUGAUAAACCUAAAUCACUAGUGCAGCUGUAUGCAUCAGAUGUCAUGAUUGACUCCCAGAAUACCACAGCCACCGUUUAUGUCUCUGGCCAGUUUAUGUGAUAUAACAUCACCAGGGUGUCUCUUCCUCUGACUAGCUUUGUCAGGCUGUGAUUACAAUUACAUGUACUAAGGUUUAUUUGCUCCAUAAUCAUUAGAAGCUGUUAGUGUGGCCCACGCUCUAUCCUAGUCAAAAGCCCAGCUUCACUACUGCAGCUUGCCACUUGACCUGUUUGGUGAUGUCCUGAGUAUUGGGUUUUAGUUUAUUUGGCAUGAUGUUCUAGUUUAGUGGAGCUGGUUUCCAAAUGGUCAUUUGGGCAAAAAUUUUAUUUUUAAUCCCCCUUAGAAUAUCUUAAAGUAUCAGAUCUUCUUUAACAUCACUUUGUGAAAGCUUUUUUCAAUUUGACUGUUCAAUUUUGCUAUUUAUUACAUCAUCAAACUUAGGUUUUGUAUAUUGAUUGUUGUCAUUCAAUUUCAUUAACAAGCCUACUUUUGUGAUUUCUGGAGUUUUUUU